GUUUAUUGCGCUUGCCGUAGACUCGUGGGAGUUUAUGUAAAACCAUGAUGGCGGCGGCCUGUGCAAGAGCGCUCAGUAAGGUCGCCCGGUUAGUUUUAGACACGCCGACAUGCCGUGUAACAAACACCGCAGCAUUAGUGCCGAAAAUCUCCAUGAGAUGCCAAGCAAGGGCUUACGGUACCGGCGGAGCAGGAUUUAGAGCUAGAACGUUGCUCUCUGCGCCGGUGCGUGGCAGUGGGAGAGUCCUGGGAUGCGCCUUCUUGCUCGGUGGUGGUUUCGGCUUGUACCAGACCGUCAAACUCACACUUCAGCGUCACCUUGCAGAGGAAAAAUCAGAUGCACCUGAGCUGGGGACGGAUCUGAAGUUGACUCUGUAUCAGUAUAAGACCUGUCCGUUUUGCAGCAAGGUGCGAGCCUUCCUGGAUUAUCAUGGUCUGCCAUAUGAAAUUGUGGAGGUCAAUCCCGUCAUGCGACAGGAGAUCAAGUGGUCCACUUACAGAAAAGUUCCCAUCCUGAUGGUGAACGGGACAUUGCAACUCAAUGAUUCUUCUGUAAUAAUAAGUGUUUUGAAGACAUACCUGGUCAGCAGGGAAAAAACAAUAUCUGAGAUUCUCAGUUUUUAUCCUGAGAUGAAGGCAAAAAAUGACAGAGGAAAAGACGUGAUAGAGUUUGGCAAUAAGUACUGGGUCAUGGUGCGAGACACAGACGCUGAUCGUCUAUAUCCUGGAAAAGACACCAGAAAAGAGGAGAUUAAAUGGCGGAAAUGGGCAGAUGAGUGGCUGGUGCACCUAAUUUCCCCAAAUGUUUACCGCACGCCGACUGAAGCCCUUGCAUCCUUUGAUUACAUAGUGCGAGAAGGCAAAUUUGGCACAUUUGAGGGAUUCUUUGCUAAGUAUUUUGGAGCUGCAGCCAUGUGGAUCAUUUCAAAGAGACUGAAAAAUAGACACCAUCUGCAAGAUGACGUGAGACAGGAUCUCUACAAGGCCGUCAAUGAUUGGGUGUUGGCCAUCGGAAAAAACAAGAAAUUUAUGGGAGGCGAUCAACCCAACCUUGCAGAUCUGGCCGUGUUUGGUGUUCUGAGGGUUAUGGAGGGCCUUCAGGCAUUUGAUGAAAUGAUGGAACAUACCAAGGUGAAGAACUGGUAUCGACGUAUGCAGAAGGCCACACAACAAGAGUCAUAAAAUCAAAGCUUCUGUCAUCGCUGGACCAACUUGAAGCACUUGAUACCACAGCACAGCUUUAAAAAACAGGCUUGAUGCCAUCUAAUGGUAGUCUACUGGUUUUGCAAAUCUUAAAAGACAAAUUUUUGUUCAGUUAUUUAGCUGGCUUCCAUUCUUCCUUUGCUCGGACUGUAAUCACGGAGCUAAGAAUUUGAUUCGAAGAGAUUAAAAAAAAAAAAAAAAUGCUGUUCCCCCUAUAAUUUGUUUAGCAACUAAACUGGAUUUCUGUAUUUCUCAUAGUGUUUUCUUUUACUUUACAGCAAAGUGCAACUUUAAGCAAAUGCUAUUUAAAGUAAAACAACAUCAUAUAAUCUAUAGACAUUGUGAGGGGGUUUUAGAGGGAUUGUUUUGAAACCAUCCAAUUUUUUCCAUCUCUCUGAACAAGUUUGUAGCUUGACAACAUGUUACUGACAAAUUUAUAAUCUGGUAAUUUAGUCACUUUUUCAGCAAAUGACGGUUACUUUCUUUCCACAAGUUACUCUUUCUUCUUCUUUUGAAUCUGUUUUGUUCCUUUUGUCCUCUUGAAGUGCUGGCCCUCUCAUCACGAUGAGCUCAGCCCUGAAACAUGCUUACGUCUACCUCAGUUUGCAUUACUGUUCUCUGGUUCACAAGUGUCCAGUCUGAGGUUGCAGUGACUUUAAAAUCUGCGGUUCACUUAAUGUUCAUAUUAAUGCCUUUCAACCUUGGGAUUUCAAGGGGUUUAACUUAAAAUGUGAUCUUACGGAGUAAUGGUUUAAAUGUGAAAGCUGCUUCGGACAUUUGGAGUGUCCAGUUAACCAAGAACUUUUGCCUAUGCAUCAUAUAUUGAUUUGACAAAAGUGAUCCAUUUUGUGGCAAUGAAAUAAAGUACAAAUCUCAAUCA